UGGCGACUAAACUGUUCAUUUCACGAAAACCCAACUUCACAGUACCGGUUUCCACGACCUUUCGCGUGACGCAGUUGUUCAGUAGGUAAUCCGCCACCAUAAAGCUCAGUAAUAUUAAUUAGUUUUAUAAUAUUAUAAACAUCCUUGCACGUGGAAGUGCAAUGAACGGGAAAAACUUGCCACGAUAAGAAAAAUGUAUUUAAGCAAAAUAAAGUGUCAGUGAUAACAGUGAUAUUGUGAAUCUAUAACCAGGAUGACAGUUCUAGAGUCCGUGAAAAAACACCUCAAAUUCGACUGCCAAAAGUUCGUCAAGAAGAGAGUACCGAUAACGAGUUGGUUCCCUCAGUACACACUUUCUCUCCUUUUCCAAGACCUACUAGCUGGGAUCACCGUAGGCAUGACGGAAAUCCCCCAAGGAAUCGCUUACGCAAUCGUCGCCGGUUUACCCCCCGAGUUCGGCUUGUACUCCGGCCUCAUCGAUGGUUUCAUCUAUGCCAUCUUCGGCGGCUGCAAAGACCUAAACAUAGGCCCCACGUCAAUCCUCUCCCUUAUGUUGCAACCACACGUGACCCGAAUGGGUCCCGACGCUUCCAUUUUGAUGACGUUCCUGUCAGGAAUCAUCAUUUUCCUACUCGGAGUAAUGCAUCUCGGUUUCGUCAUCCAGUUCUUCUCGUACCCGAUCAUAGCCGGCUUCAUGUGUGGUGGUUCGCUCCAAAUAGCAUCCGGGCAGCUAAAAAGCCUGUUUGGAAUCCCAGGAAAAAGCGACAAUUUCCUCGAAAGUUGGAAAUCGGUGUUCGCCAACAUAAAUCAGAUUAGAAAAUGGGACACCGUGUUGGGGGUCACGUCAAUCGCGGCUUUGAUAGCCUUGCGAGAAAUUCGUGUUUUCGGGAGCUUGCAAAACCGAGAGGACUGGUCCAAACGGCGCAACUUCUUCGGCAAAAUCGUGUUUCUGGUGUCGCUGGCCCGCAACGCCCUCAUUCUAGUCAUCGGUACUGUCAUUUCGUACUGUUUGUAUGAAGAGGCACCGUUUAAAAUCACUGGGAAUGUGACGGGAGGGUUUCCAGCCUUCCAGGUACCCCCGUUCAGUACUACGUUCAACGGCACCAACUACGACUUCGAGGAUUUGGCCAAAGGCUACGGAAUCUCGUUUGUGUUUAUCCCGUUGUUGUCGAUUUUGGAAGCUGUGACGAUCGCCAAAGCCUUCUAUAAGGGGCGGCAGUUGGACGCCACUCAAGAGAUGUUAGCUUUGGGGCUGUGCAACAUCGUGGGUUCGUUCGUAGGGUCAAUGCCCGUGACUGGAUCUUUCACCAGAAGCGCUGUCAAUAACGCCUCUGGAGUACGCACCACGCUUGCCGGGGUUUUCACGUCGCUACUUCUAUUUCUAGCUAUUGCGUUCCUCACUCCUACCUUCUACUACGUGCCGAAGGCCACUCUAGGGUCUAUUAUUAUUUGUGCCAUGUUCUACUUGUUCGACUUCGAGGCGUUCGUUUUGCUUUGGAGAACCAAAAAGUUGGAUUUGAUUCCAUUUUUGACAACGUUCAUCUGUUGUCUGUUCCUGGGUGUGGACUACGGGAUUCUGAUUGGGGCAGCCGUUAAUUUAUUGUUUGUUUUGUAUGCCAGUGCCCGUCCUAAGUUUAACAUCGAGAAGGAAAAAAUUUCCAGUGACCAGACUGAGGUUUAUAUAAUUACCCCCAAAGACACUCUGUACUUUCCGGCAGCGGAGUACCUACGAGAUACGGUGUUAGAGUUUGAAGGGGGGGAUGUUACGGUUAUAAUCAACGGAAAGUAUAUACGGAACAUGGAUAUCACAGUGGCUAAGAGCAUGUCGGUACUCACUCACGAGCUAACACUGAAAAACCAUAAAGUGUACUUUCUGGAUUUCAAACAGUCGGUGGUUAAUAUAUGCAUUGGAGUUGAUAAGAAAUUAAAGGAUCAUUUUCUGAGCGAGGAAUCUUACAAAAGUAUUAUUAAAGAUCAGUCUGACUUAAUUGUAACUUCUGAAAUAUCCCAGUUAUGAUAACCCAAAAACAAAAAAAAAAAUAAAGAAAAAUAUUUGUACUCAGACGUUCUUAAUCUUACCUUUACAACCUUUAUUUGGUA